UUUUAGCUUCGAAAUGAUGGGUAUCGAAUAUCGGCUACCUUAGCCCAUUCCCAAAUCCCAAGAGAUAUUGUUCCGUGAACGAAAGCCUUUUCCCUUUGGAGAAAAACAAUAACAUAUCUAAGAAAACUUUGUAUUUGUCUGCCCUGUGUUUUCAGAGGUAAAAAUAGGGCAACAAAGUAAUUUAGGUGAUUUAUAAGCAUAUAAUAGGCUAACAGCGACCCCUAUCAAAGCAUGUAUCUGAUCUUGCAACGCUAUAUGAGACGACAAACCAUGGCAUGUGAGGAAAUAGGCCAUAUAUACAGCAUCUAAUUAUCCUCAGAAGAGGUGAACAUGGCGCUAAUUGAUGAUAGUCUCUCUCCCCGGAAGCCCAUAAUGCCGCAAGGAACCCUUGAAGUCCUUCUUGUCAGUGCCAAGAAACUUGAGAAUACUGAUUUUCUUUGUAAAAUGGACCCCUUCGUGAUUCUCACAUGCCGUACUCAGACGCAGCAAAGCAGUGUUGCAUCAAACCAGGGAACGAAUCCAGAAUGGAAUGAGACGUUUGUGUUCACCGUGUCUGAAGGCGUUAAAGAUAUCCAUUUGAAGAUCAUGGACCAAGAUCUCGGCACACGUGAUGACUUUGUUGGAGAACUUACCAUUCCACUGGCUUCGGUGUUUGCUGAAGGAAGAGUUCCACCCCAUUCAUACACCGUUGUCAAGAAUGACCACUAUUGUGGGGAGAUUAGACUUGGCCUGAAAUUUACGCCCGAUCAAAACCGUAAUCGGGGUAUGGACGAAAGUUUUGGUGGAUGGAAGGAGUCUGCUGCUUAUUACUGAGACCAAAUAUUUUUGAAUUCUUUAUUAACAUUAACAUAAUUUAAUUUCUAAACUUGUACCACAUGAGGAUCUUGAUAUUAGUUGGCCAUUGUAGGAACUUUAUUUUGAGUAGAAUUAGUACUAUACACGCUAAAUUAGUUAUAAUUUGGUUGCUUCAUGUAUGUAAAUCUCUAUAUCACCA